UAAAUGCGAUGCCAAAUAUGCACGUACUUGUAGAACACGGAGACCCUCGUAUGCGGAAUCUGGACUCGAUCGUUCAGAUUUCAGAACCCAUAACCCACACCGAAACCCUAACGCUACUUCGAACACCCAAAAAAUGGCGGCAGUCGGGGAAUUAAUCCCAGCGAAUCAAUCUUUGAGCGAUGCCGAAGACAAUGGCGAGCCAGAACCCGUCGCCGGCGUGCUGACCCCUUCGUUUCCUACAGGGAGGGUCAAGCGGAUCAUGAGGCUGGAUGCAGACAUCAAUAAGGUGAGCUCCGAGGCUGUUUUAAUGAUCUCCCUCUGCUCCGAGCUCUUUAUCGAAUUCCUCGCCGAAAGAUCGUGGAAUGCCGCUGCUGAGAAGCGGCGGAAGACCAUCAAGCUAGAGGAUUUGAGGAAAGCCAUCAAGGGCCACUCCCCGACUGCGGACUUCCUCUUCGACUGCCUCCCCAAGAUAUCGAAGCUGCCGACUCCACAGACUGUUAAAAGGAGCGAUCCGGAGAAGCCGCUGCCGGCUGGUGUGCGCAGGAUAGAUGCGUUCUUUUCUUCCAAAACACCGGAAGAGAUCGCUCCGUAGAACCGCUGAAUUUUGUAUUUAUUAUUGGUCUUCUUAUGGUAAGUGAAAUCGACAUGGAUAUGGUUGUCAUUUUGGUAAUGUCCUUCAGAGUGAAAAGUUAAUAUAUGCAACUGAAUGUAGGAACUUGGUAAAGAUUAUAUACAUUUCUUUUCUUUAAGCAACUAAA